UAGUCACAGCUGUAUGUUGUGCUCUCCUGUGAUUGGCCGGCUGCGAAUGUUUACGGAAGCGCUGACGUGGAGGUGGUUUUACGGGACCACCACACAGCCCGAGCCCCAGGAGGUCUUCCAGUCCACGGGCCAACAUGCAGGCUGAGGAGCACGGCUGUCGGCCAGUCACUGAUUUGGUGAGAUCACCCGGGACCUUCCGGGUACUUGUUGCGGUGACCGGAAGCGUCGCAUCAUUGAAGCUGCCUCUGCUGGUCUCCCAGCUUCUCCAGCUCUCUGGGGUGAGCUGCUCCACUUCUGUUCCCUUCGUGGAAGUAAGAGUCGUUACUACGGAGCAUGCCAAGCACUUCUUCAACCCUGAAGACAUUUCUGUAAAAAUCUACAGCGACAAGGAUGAGUGGGAGCUGUGGACAGAGAGGACUGACCCUGUGCUCCACAUUGAGCUCAGGCGCUGGGCAGACCUUCUUCUCAUUGCUCCCCUGGAUGCCAACACGCUUGGAAAGAUUGCUAAUGGCAUUUGUGACAAUCUGGUGACGUGUGUGGUGAGAGCCUGGGAUACCACUCGACCUCUCCUCUUCUGCACUGCGAUGAAUACAGCUAUGUGGCAGCAUCCCAUAACAGCCCAGCAGGUAUCCAGGCUGAAAGAGUUUGGAUAUGUGGAAAUCCCCUGCAUAUUUAAGAAGUUAGCGUGUGGAGAUGAAGGUAAAGGCGGCAUGGCAGAGGUGUCAACUAUUGUCGCUGUUGUGAAGCAGUAUCUUCAGAGAACAGAUGAGUCAUCUGAGAAAGCAUGAACGCCACUUCGUGUAGCAGUAACGUGCCGACAAAGACCAAUUUCAGUCACCACGAUGACCUGUCUUCAAAAUACCACUCACCUCAUGACUUGUCCUCUUGCGAUGGCGUGAACCGACGGUCAUUCAUUUGCAUAUCUUUGACUCUUUCGUUGUUCCCCUUUUCGACAGUGACAUGUUUAUCUCCAAUUUUCAUUAAAAUGGAUAAUGUUCCAUUUCUGUAUGCAAAGCAAUAUUUCAUUGAUGACUUCAUGAAGCUGACACACAUGAGCUGAGAAAUGCAGUUCGGGCUUUUACAGUGUGUUUACAGUCUAAAUGUCUGUCUGCCACACAGAUCUCCAACUCCAAGAAUGUUCACUAUGCAUGUCAUCCUUGUUUCACAGAGAAAGAAGCUGGUUAGGAAACAGUGCCUUGAAAGAGUGUGUAGUAAUGUGCUCCUUGGAGGAAGCUUGAUCAAUACAGAAAUUAUCAAUGCAGUUAUGGUCACUGUGGUUGUAGCUUUUCCCAUUGGAAUUGUGUCUUUUAUAACAGAAGGAUGAAUGUAAAUGUUGUCAUUAUUAAAAGUAAAGUACAAAACACUGGAUUAAAAAUACUGUUUACAAAGUU